CAUCCGAAGCUCCGGGUUACCACCACCACUUUUUUCGCCUCUUACCACCUCCUCCUCCGCCUCGAGCAUUUCCCUCCUUCUUGCUCUUUACCUCCUCGCGGCCGUGCGUAUCCUCAAUCCUCACUGCUACUCCGAUGUCUUGAGCCCGCCCGCAACCCCGUGUCAGACCAGCCAUACCUUUGCCUGUCGUCUGCGUCCUGCCUGGGGUUGAUGACGAUAAACAACACAAAGCCCGCCAACCCACUCCGAGUGCAUUCGUGAUCAGCUCCGAGCCGCCGCCAUGCCUCUCAUCGACGCCCGCGACCUCCUGGCUUUCCCAGGCGGCGACAACUCGUCCGACACCGUCAUCGAGGGCAUACACUUCAACCUGACGACGCUCAACUUCUGGAAUUACACCUACUACACCAAUGGCACUCUGUCCAAUGGGUCGUGGUGCUUCCUCGUGGACCCUCCCUACACACCCACCGUCGUCCUCGCCAACGGCACAUUCCUCAAUAGUACCUGGUGCUACCUGGCCACCGAGCCGAUUGGCGACCGCGCGCGUGCUGGUGUCGGCUUUGCUGUGGCUUUCGCCCUGUGCCUCAUCCUGGUGUUGGCCAACCUCAAGAAACAUGGCGAGCUGAUUCUGCCGAUCGAGAAGAGGUUUUAUCCCAUUGGGCGGAGGUGGCAGUGGUACUGGGCCAUUUUCGUUUGCGCCGCCGCCCUCAUCGGCCUCUUCACCGGCAUUGACGUCGACCGCUACCGCGUCGUCGAGCUUCCCCUCGUCCUCAACGUAUUCUUCUGGUUCCUCAUGCAGAUGGGCACCACCGCCUUGAUCUGGGAGGCCGUGCGGCAUUGGGGCAGUUGGAUGGAGCGCCAGUUCAUCGACCCCAAUCCCUUCGUGCUGCAAGAAAAAGAUAAGAGGGGCAUGUUUGAAUUAUGGCUGCCGCUCUUCUUUUACUUCUGGUUGUGGUUGAAUUUCUUCCUCAUAGUCCCGCGGAACUGGGGCGAGAUCGAGCUCCAGCGAUCCCCCGACCAGGCUAUAGAGCAUGCCAUCCCAACUGCCACCGACGGACGUUUCAAGGCUGCUACUUUCUGCCUCCUCAUUUGUUGGCUCACUACCCUCGUCUCUCUCUGGCAUUCCAUCCGACAUUACGAACCCCGCAACCGUGGGUUUUUCAACCGUGCCAUAGGCUUUCUAGGGUAUAUGCCGUUUCGCUUCACGUUGCUGCUUCCUCUCGGAUUGGCCGUCGUCGCGUACCAGGGUCUGGCUGCGUGGGAAUUCCACUUAUCGCCCCUCAACGUGAAGACGAACUUGGUCGCCAUGUACGUUGGGGGAUAUACCCCGAGCCUCCUAAUUCUCAUAAUUCAGUGUAUCGCCGGAUUCAUGAGACCGAACGAGGAUCGUGAGCUUAUGCGCCAACGUCGGUUACGCGGCCAAGCUAUCGACCAGGAGCUGGGUAUCGUCAGAAAGCCGGCUUGGUGGCGGCGCGUAAAUGGCGACCUCCCAGCGGGUAGUAUGCGGGAUCGCAUCAUGCGGAACGUGCGAGAAGUCGGUGGUGGGCGACCAACCGCGAGACAUGUUGAAAGACUAGCGGAACAGAGAGCCGCGGGUGCCGAAUCCGAGGCCCCGACUCGAGUCAAUGCAGUUGAGAUGAACGAAUUUCACCGCAAUAGCACCGCUAGUAGCGUCCCUGCGUCAAACAACCCCCCACCUCCGUACUCUCCUUACGGGGGUAAAUCGGAGCAACGGAGAAGCGAGCGCACGGUGCAGAUGGUAGCCGGCCUACUCUUCCCGAGCGAAAACUCGGGUCUCUCUACCGAGAGGGGCAGAGGCUUGGAAGGAUCAAAUAACGACCAACCUCGACGGCCGGGUACUAGUGAGAGAAGUUCCAGCACGGCCAGCGGCGUGUCUACCAGUGGCGCGCCGCAGCAGAUUCGGAGCAUGCUGGAUGUCUAAUCCACCGGUGUACGACAUAGUACGGACGUCGGGGGAUAUGGCACGAGUGGCAUUGAUUUACGGCCAGCCGACUGUACAAUGCAGUCGUUGCUUGGGAUCCAUGAUGACUGAAUGCGGCGUUGGGACUAAGAAACGGUCAUGGCUAUUAGGGGUGGCCCCGGACAGGUACACGAAUUAUGGGUAUGUAGGCAGGCAUUCCAUGCGUGGGGAAGGUAGGCCUAAAAGCCACAACUCAAGCUAGCAUACCUCCGUCACGGGAAGGGAUCUAGCAGAAAUAAUGUAAAAUAGAAAGGCCGUGAUUUAGCUAUGUCUCGUCGCGUAGAUCAGGUACGGCGAUUCCAUUCUGAUUCGUAAUCCAGUUUUGACCCGGAGC